CCUGGCUUCACACCUGCAACUCACCUUCACUGGGUUCUUUCAUAAAGUCGAGAAGUCAUCCGUAGACUCAGAGAAUGAGCAGAACUCUGUUUCUCUAGAGGUGCUGCUGGUUAAAGUCUGUCACAAGAAGAGGAAGGAUGUGAGCUGUCCAGUGAAGCAGGUUCCUACAGGGAAGAAACAGGUGCCUCUGAACCCAGACAGCAGCACUCCCAGCAGUCAGCCCAAGCCGGGCUCCUGUCCUUCUCUGGUGGUGUCCAGUAGUGAGUUUGACGCCAGCAACGGCCACACGGUUAAGUCCUACUCCCUGUUGUUCAGAGUGUCUGGACCAGGCAGGACGCAGCACAACGGACUGGUCAAUGGACAGACCAAUGAGAAUAUAGAGGAUGUGUGUAACAGGAAGAAGAGAAGCUCCACCGUCAGACAAGAAGAAGUUGGAGAAACGAUGUUCGUAGCUCAGAUGACUGUGUUUGAUAAGAACAGGCGUCUGCAGUUGUUAGAUGGAGAGUAUGAGGUGUCUAUGCAGCAGAUGGUGGACUGUCCUGUCAACAAGAAGAGAGCCACCUGGGAAACGAACCUGGAUGGAAAGCUCCUCCCUCCGUUUGAGACGUUCUCCAAGGGUCCUACUCUCCAGUUCACACUGCGUUGGACAGGCGAGCCCAGUGAUAGGUCGACGGCCCCUGUGGCCAAACCCCUCGCCACGCGGAACGCUGACGCUAGCAGCCUGACCUCCGACCCUAAGCCCUGCUCCCUCAGACCCACUCAGACCGUAGCUGUGAAAGACUCCUUCAGCAGUACAGAGUUUCAGAUGAGACAAGAACACACACUUGAGGAACCGAGUGACAAUCUACGCAUAUUCUACCAGUUCCUGUAUAACCACAACACACAGCAGCAAACCGAGGCUAGAGAUGACCUCCACUGUCCCUGGUGCACUCUGAACUGUAGGAGACUCUACAGUCUCCUCAAACACCUCAAACUGGCCCACAGCAGAUUCAUCUUCAACUACGUGCCCCACCCUAAAGGAGCGAGGAUAGACGUGUCUAUUAAUGAGCGUUACGACGGGGUGCAUGCUGGGAAUCCUCGGGAUAUUCACAGUCAGCCCGGCUUCGCCUUCAGCAGGAACGGACCCGUCAAGAGAUCCCCGUCACACACAUCCUCGUCUGCAGGUAACUGGGUCACACACAUCCUCGUCUGCAGACCGAAGCGUCUCCUCCCCCCCAGUCUGUGUGAGUUCCUGGAGGCUGAUGGAGGAGAGGGAGACCAGCAGAGAAUCAUCCCAGGUCACAACCGCCUCUACUUCCGUUCAGACAGCUGUACCCCCAAAACACCCCAGGAGGUAGAUCACGACAGUGAGGAUGAGACUGACCCCUUCUGGCUCCGAGAGAGGACCAUCAUGCAAAUCCAGGAGUUUACAGACGUGAACGAUGGAGAGAAGGAGGUGAUGAAGCUGUGGAACCUUCACGUCAUGAAGUAUGGGUACGUAACCCCGCAUUAAAGCCCUGGCCUCGUUAUACAGCCUCUGUUUAAAGCAUCAUCAGGCGUUGCUGUGUGUUGUCCUCUAGACGUUGCUGUGUGUCGUUCUCUAGAGCUUCAUGAGAUGUUGCUGUGUGUCGUUCUCUAGACGUUGCUGUGUGUCCUCUAGACGUUGCCGUGUGUCGUUCUCUAGAUGUUGCCGUGUGUCGUCCUCUAGAUGUUGCCGUGUGUCGUCCUCUAGAUGUUGCCGUGUGUCGUCCUCUAGACGUUGCUGUGUGUCGUCCUCUAGAUGUUGCUGUGUGUCGUCCUCUAGACGUUGCUGUGUGUCGUCCUCUAGACGUUGCUGUGUGUCGUCCUCUAGACGUUGCUGUGUGUCGUCCUCUAGACGUUGCUGUGUGUCGUCCUCUAGGCGUUGCUGUGUGUCGUCCUCUAGGCGUUGCUGUGUGUCGUCCGCUAGACGUUGCUGUGUGUCGUUCUCUAGACGUUGCUGUGUGUCGUUCUCUAGACGUUGCUGUGUGUCGUUCUCUAGACGUUGCUGUGUGUCGUUCUCUAGACGUUGCUGUGUGUCGUUCUCUAGACGUUGCUGUGUGUCGUUCUCUAGACGUUGCUGU